AGUCUUUCGGCCCAGUUCAGCGGCAGCACGCCUGCCAUGCCGCGCUUCGCAUCGCUUCUCUGUGCGCUGUUUGCUGCUGGCCUUGCGCUCGAAGACACGGGUCGUGUCGAAUCCGUGCCUGGGUACGGCCCGCCACCGACGGUCCACCACUCUGGCUUCGUAGAGGUUGACGCUGCCACGCGCACGAAUCUUUUUUAUUACUUGGUUGAAAGCCAGUCGGCCCCGAACGCGGACCCUCUCAUCUGGUGGUUCAAUGGCGGGCCAGGUGCCUCCUCCUUGGCAGGGUUUCUGACUGAAAACGGCCCAUUGCUCUUCAAUACCGUCGGAGAGUUUGUCCGCAAUCCGUAUGCUUGGAAUCAGGCGGCGAAUGUAUUAUAUGUCGAGUUCGGCCCAGGGGUUGGUUAUAGUUACUGCGCGAACAGCACGCAAGCGGGCCCAUCCGCACCAUGCCCGCAGAGCCAGGGGACUUGCUCUCCUUGCCCAGUAUCCGACAGCACGGUUGCACACCAGAACCUGGUGUUUAUCAAGAAACUCCUGACGGAGGUGUUUCCAUCGAUGGCAGGUCGACCGCUGUACCUCGCUGGCGAGAGUUACGCGGGGGUCUACAUCCCAACUCUCGCCGCCGCCAUGGUUGAGCAUUUCCAGGACACGAGCGUUGUCAAUUUGCAUGGCAUGUGGGUCACCGACCCCUGCACAGACAACAAGGCACAGUUCGGCUGGAUCGACUUGAGCGUGAGCUUUUGCUACCAGAAGGGCCUUAUCUCAAAGGAAGUCUACGAUGCAUUGAGCGAUCCAGCUCACGGCUGCUUUGAUGGCAGGACCCCAGUCGGCGAUAGGAUACGGAAGACUGGCAGCUUAGAAUGCAAACGAUCUUGGCGGCUUUAUGACAUCGCCACCGCUGGUAUUGGCGACGCUGUGCAGCCGCCAGAGGUGCCAGGCUUGCCAAUGUAUAUUGAUCCCCUCAAUGCGUAUGGACCAGCUGAGCCCGCAAACGCAGCAGAUCCGGCCGAAUACUUCUCACGUGCAGAUGUCAGGGCGGCAUUGCAUGCCACCUCUAGUCCGAACAAGGUUUACCACCUUGAGUUGGACAACAAUGGGUACACAGGGUACGACAGCGAGUACGCGGCAUGCAACACAGGGGAGAACAACGGGAAGUCUAUGAUUGAUGUCUAUCAGAGCUUACUGGUAUCCGCGAAGUCUGCAAAGUCCGCGAGCAAUCUGAAGCGCGUGAUCAUCUCCAGCGGUGACAUUGACCCAGUCGUCAAUUUGCACGGAACGGAGGCUGCUGUGACAGCGAUCGGGUUGCCGGUGUCAUUGGGUGGGGAUCGGCGUCCGUGGUUCUACAACUCCACAGCCGCCGACGUCGAUGUCUUGGUCAACAAGCCUGUGCAGUGGGGUCCUCAUCUUCGUGCACAGGCAGCUGGUGCUCAGGUCGGGGGGUUCGUGGUCAACUACGAAUCCAGUGUUCCUGGGUUAACCUUCGAUUUCGUCACAAUGCGAGGUUCGGGACACAUGGUGCCCGGUUACGUGCCGCAGCGCACACUGCAUGUCAUUUAUCAUGCGCUAUUGCAGGGCAAGCCGCUUUCUCCACUAUUGCCUGCGGACUGGGACUCUUCCAGCGAGGAUGCAUUCUACGGCUGGAAGACGAACGAGGGCGGCGCUUUUACGGCAUGGGCGAAAGACGCGAUGUCAGACGUGCCGACUUUGAAGCAAGGCACGGCGUCGCUAGGGGAGACAACGAUAUUCGUUUGAUGUGAUCUGGGGGCCUUCCCUCCGCCCGAGACCCUUUCGCCACCUCAAGAUUAUUGCUGCGCGGAUCCACCUCCCACCAUCGUGACCAAAUGCUUGUGGAACUCAGGCCCUUCCUCACACACAGCUGGGUUGCGGGCAGCGGAAAUGCAGCACGCUUGGGACCAGGCUGACCAUCGGGUGUGUCAUGAGCCCUGGGAUGGCGCCAAUUUUCGGCGUUCUUGUGUGCAGUGAUGGCGGAUCAUCGCAGUCUCAAAAGAGGGGAAAGUCCACGGUUGACGGCACUUCCGCCCGCAGCUGCACAAGGGUUGGCGGCGCACUUGGCCACCAGGCCUCGGUGGUGCGACGGCGGUGAGUCAAACGCCCCGGCGCCAGGCAGCUGUCGCGCGUGACAUUUGAAGAACGGUCGGGGACUUUUGGCUCAGCAUGUCGCGCCGCCAGUUCUGGCCCACCGCGCUUCGGCGCGACACGCUGACCACGUCCCAGUCCCCAGGCAUCCCCAGGUAUCACCGCUCCGAGCCUUUCCCAGCCUCCCGCCCGCGGAGCGGAGCGGCACUCUAUCAGCUUGCAGGGCACAGCAUGUCGCCGGGGCCGCCGCUGCGACGAGCCAAGUAACAAUUUCCGACCGUAGCAUGACUCAGCCUAAUUUGUUUCAAAGGUUGCUGAAUGCUUCUGGAGGCUGCGAAGGGCGGUCACUUCCAGGAGGGCCACUGGGGCGCGCCUGGCGUCUGCGCAGGGCUGUGCGCGCUGCAGCACAUGCACAGUGACAGUGCAGUGAUCGUGCAGUGAACGUGCAGUGACCGUGUGUGAAACCAUCGCGAAACAAAAAA